ACCUGACACCAAAGUAAGUAAGCAGGAACCUCACGAACAGAAACGUUGAUUUAAUUGAUGAAAAACGCAUAUUCAAACAUUUGCGUCAACAUUCCCAAGCUUUUUUAUCUUCAACGUUUUGGGACCAGCCUCUAUUUGUUUUACGGACCCCGUUGUAUUGAAAGGUCCUGCUUGCAAUUGAUUUUUUUCUUGACAUUAAUAACUUGGACAUUUACAGCUGUGCUCUCAAGGAGAAAGGCUGUACAGUAUACACUUUAUUCAAAGGGACUGAGUGCACAAUAAGGACUCACCGUUAUUUUCCUUGCUCUUGCGUAAAGGGAAAUUCAAGGCAACCAUGGAAGUUUGUAAAGGUCGUUUUCUUGGUAUCUCUGUCGCUGUUGCUCAUGGAUUUUUCUCGGGAUCGUUGAACAUUUUGCUAAAAUUUCUCAUCACGACUUAUAACUUCAACUACCUCACUCUCAUCCAGUGCCUCACCAGCACAUUAGCGGCGGUUACACUUGAGAUACUAAGGAGACUGGGAAAAGUAGACAUACCCCCGUUCAGCCUUCAACUAGCCAAAGUCUUCGGAAGUGUUUGUAUUCUGUCCACAUUACAGUCCACUCUGACACUAUGGUCUCUCAGAGGACUGAGUCUACCCAUGUAUGUGGUUUUCAAACGUUGUCUACCGUUGGCCACCCUUGGUAUCGGCGUGUGCAUUCUGAAGAAUGGAACCCCAUCAGUGGGGGUCAUAACGGCGGUGCUCAUCACUACUGGAGGAGCAGCUUUAGCUGGGUCUGGUGACGUGACGGGUGACCCGUUUGGCUACGUGACGGGCGUCCUGGCUGUGAUCAUCCACGCCUCCUACCUGGUCCUGAUCCAGAAGACCAGCAUAGACAGUGAAUAUGGCCCCCUCACUGCCCAGUACUCCAUCGCCAUCAUGGCCUCCCCAGUUCUCUUAAUCUGCUCCAUCGUCAGCAUGGACUCCAUCAACAUGUGGAGCUACACGGGCUGGAGUAACCCCUUCAUCUCUGGCAUCUUCUCCAUCUGCAUCUUCAUCGGCUGUGCCAUGAACUUUACCACGCUGCAGUGCACCUACAUCAACUCGGCUGUCACCACCAGCUUCGUGGGCGUGGUAAAGAGCAUCGCCACCAUCACAGUGGGCAUGGUGGCCUUCAGCGACGUGGAGCCCACCAGGCUGUUUGUGGCCGGCGUGGUGGUCAACACGGUGGGUUCGAUCACCUACUGUAUCGUCAAGUACUUCGAGACCAGGAGGAAGACCCUUUACCAGGACCUGGAGGAGCAAAGCAAGGACGAAACUCUGCCUGGACAGCCUUACAUCGAGAAGAAGCCACCCAACGGAGACCUGGAGCCCCUGCCCAAUGGUCACAGAGGGUCUGACGGAGGAUCGAUCGAAGGAUCUAUCCCCACACAGGAGCACCUACUCAAUGAUCAGCGCCUCAGUGACUACCCACCUCAAGACACCAGCAACAGUAUGGAGUUUGUAGAACUCCAGAGAGAGGCCUUCCAUAGCGAGAACCGGGCCAGCCCGUCUGUGAGUGACAGUUACGUGGGGGUGUGGAGGUCCAUCCGUAACCUGAAGUUCUUGAAGAAAGACACCUUAAUAGAUAAUAUGGAGGUGCAGAGCCCUUGAUGGGGAAUCUCUAUUUUCAAAGGAUGCAUGUUUUGUCAGUCCUUUAUGUUUCUAUUUGUUUGUAAGACUGCUUUGACAUUGCACACUGAUGAAUGUUUUUGAGAUGCAUUUUUUUUUUUUGCCAAACAUGCUCUUAUGGAAGCAAAAAAUAUUUUUAAGAAGAUGGAAUGUUCAUAUGAACUGGAUAAAAAUACUGACUAUUCUUAAAAAAAACAUUUGUUUAAAUGUUUUAUAUUGAUUUUAUCAGUCAUAUUAAUA